AGGUUGGUCCCUUUUCCCACCAAGGAGACAUCAUGAUGAAUCCGGAUGAGUUUGGGUUGGAGGAUGACGAUGAAGACGCCAUGCUUCAGUACAUGAUUGAACAGAGUCUGCUGGAGAGCAGCAAGCCGAGGGAAACCCACGGAGCGUCCCCACCAGGAGACGAGCUGAGCGUCGGUUUGGCCUUUUCGGAUGUAUCCGAGAUCUUCUCUGCUAUAAAAACAGGUAACGAGAAGCUCCUGAAGAAUCUGCCAGUUUGGCCCAAAGACAAGUUGCUGCAGACAGACAGCAGAGGCUGGACUCUUCUUCAUGAAGCAGCGGCUCAGAGCAACCAGACGAUCCUGGAGCUCACAUUCAAAGCUUCAGGUCCAGACGGUUUGGAGCGGCAAACUCCUCGGGGCCAGACGGCCCUCUUCUUGGCCGUAGAACAGGGUCUGAUUGAAAACGCCUCGUUCCUCCUGGAACACGGAGCUCAGCCGGACUGCCAGGACCAAGACAAGGACUCCCCGCUGUUUGUAGCUAUCCGUUCAGACCGAACUGACCUGGUGAAGCUGCUGCUCCUCCGUGGCUCCAAUGUGAACCAGGCGGGCUGCCACGGCCGCCGCCCGCUCCACGAGGCGUCCCGACUGGGCAAAGUGGAGCUGGUGAAGGUGCUGCUGGAGGCUGGAGCGCGGCCAGACCCCCGCAGCAACUACGGCUUCACACCGCUGGCCCUGGCUGCUCAGGGAGGACACCUUGAGGUGGUGGAGAUCCUUCUAAGGAAAGGGGCAGACAUCUUCUCUCAGGCACACGAUGAAGCCUCAGUGUUAUACGAAGCGUCUGCUUCAGGAAAUCCGGCCGUCAUCAGGCUGCUGCUGGAACACGGAGCCGACGCCAACAUCUCCAAUCACACCGGACACCUGCCGAUCCACCGAGCCUCACACAGAGGACAUCUUGAGUCACUGAAGCUGCUGCUGCCGGUCACCAAAAUGGGAGAGGUAAAUGACAGCGGGAUCAGUCCUCUGCAUUCAGCGGCCGCCGAGGCACACGCAGACUGCAUUAAGGUCUUGCUAGAUGCGGGUUACGACCCCAACUACAUGCUCCAUCCCUGGAUCCGCCGGAGCUAUGAUGACGAGAGGAAGUCAGCGCUCUACUUUGCCGUUUCCAACAACGACAUGGCGUCCGUGAAGCUGCUGCUGGAGGCCGGGGCCAUGGCCAACCAAGACCCGGUCAAAUGUCUGCAGGUUGCACUUCGUCUGGGCAACUAUGAUCUGAUCAACUUGUUGCUGCGGUACGGAGCCAACGUGAACUACUACUGCAGAAUAAACACCACACAUUUCCCUUCAGCGCUGCAGUACAGUCUCAAAGACGAGGUAAUUCUCAGGAUGCUGUGUAACUAUGGUUAUGACGUGGAGCGCUGCUUCGAUUGUCCCUAUGGCAACAGGUCCCACGUUCCUGAGGACUACGAGGGAUGGACCUGUGCUGUGAUCAAAGAUACUUUGUUCUGUGAGGUCAUCACCCUCACCUGGUUGAAACACCUGUCGGGUGCUGUGGUUCGCGUGCUGCUGGAUUACGUCGAUCACGUGAGGCUGUGCUGCAAACUGAAGGCGGUGCUGAUGGAGCAGAAGCAGUGGUCGGAUAUCUGCAGACUUCAAGAAAACGCCCGGUGCCUGCAGCAUCUCUGCCGCCUGCGGAUCCGUCGCUGUCUCGGCCGUCUCCGUCUCCGCUCGCCUGUCUUCAUGAGCUUUCUGCCGCUGCCGGAGCGACUGAAGGACUACAUCCUGUACCGGGAAUACGACCUGCUGGGCCGCCGGAAGAGCAGGCCGGGCUGAGGGAAGUCUCACAACCAGCCAAAACAGUCGGUUGCUAAUUAAACGAGAAUCACAGCACAUCUGUGAAACAUGAGUUGAAGACAGACUAAAGUGUUUGUUUUGAUGCAGUGUAUUGUGACCUAAUAGUGCAUAAGUAACUGGAAAAGGAUGCAUGAGCUAUGAACAGAAAUCUGAUAAGUGUGGUGUGUAUUUGCGUGCAGCCUCAUUUACUCUGGUGAACCUACUUUAAAUCCACGGCAAAAACAGUUACCUGCCAAAGUCGGAGAAAGGUUAGUGAACAAACAGGACGACCGAGGACCUCAGCAGGUCAGGGAGAGAGAAGCAGCCAU